GUGAAAUACCAUAUGCCUACCAGCAACUACAUGCCCAGGAACUACUGCGGUAGUUGUGUGCUAAGGCUGGUCCAGUUUUCUCGUAGAAAGGCUGUUCCUGUUGAGCUUUAGCUGCUUCCACAUAAGGAUUAUUCGGUCGACGUCGAUCUCCAGCUCUAGAUGAAGUGUCGGUCGUGCAAAAAAUGGUUUCGUACUCGGUCCUGCGGACAACAAGAAGUCAGUCGGUCGUCGUGCUCCGAUUACUCUGAAACGCCUCACUCUCGGUCUUCGUACACAAAAAGCACAGAUGCGUUGCUCGUUCGGUUUUGUCGUGCAAAAGGUUCGGUUUUCCAGCGUGCGUAAGUUCUACUUGCUCCUCCGCCUUUCGUUACGUUCGUACAAAUUUUCGUUCUUUCUGCACUGAUUACAAUUCCGUAAAUUGCAACAACACCGAUUAAUACCAAUUUCGCACCUUGCAGGACCUCAUUGAUUAUUCCGACAUUUGAACUACUUUUUUGAUCGUCUUUAUCCAUUCCCCAGUUACGUAUGAUGUACAUAAGAGCUGCUACCUGAGCCAAACAAGACAGCGCGAUGUCGGGUAGGAACGAGAGUCGGGAGCGGCGGCGGAUCCCGGACAACCACAAAGAGCCAUGUGCUGUUUGCGGCGAGCCGAUGAAGGCCGUCAACGCGGAGGAAGCAGGGCUUAUGACGAGGGCAAACCAGAUUCUGAUCGGGGUGCUGCGACACUACUCCAUGCUCUACUACGGGACAAAAGAUGUCACGGACUUGAGCGCAGGUAUGUUGAGCUGCAUUAAGCUACGUUUAUUUCUCCUCUCUACUUAGGCGGAUAAGCAGCACUAAAACAGCAUUAAUUGUUUCGAAUACAAUUUUUCAUUCGACUUGCCCUCUCCCAAAAAAACACACAGUUGCCGUCGAGAUGCGAUCGAAUACCUCAUCCCUUGACGACGCCGAGAGACAAGAGUUUAUGGAUUACGUAGAUUCCGACGACGGCAAGGAGGGUUGGAAGGCCCCGCUGGCGCAGGAGGGUUACCGAUUCCGUAACGUAGCCGUAAUCUUCGUAAUUUCCGUCCUGUUCGUCGGUGGCUUGUGGGCCAUCUUAGAUUUUUCAGGCGUCAUUCCGGACAGGUCCACGCAGGCUGCCAGAUAACCACGUGCAGGAUGUAAACGAAUUGGUGAGAAGUUCCGUAUUCUGCAGCGGAGCAGCAGUAACUUCGUGUCUACUUCACGGCUCCUGCACUAAUCACCUGCGAAGAAGGGUACUUGUGUUUUUUGUUUUGUGAUUGCACUGCGGCCAGCGCCAGGGCCAGGGUUUCUUGUUUUCAUCUCUUGUGUCAAGAAGUAGUGCUGAUCGAGGCUUAAAUGGGAAAACAUAUCUUUGGCCCACCGCAUUCAUUGAUGACCACGCUUCCACGAUGAAUCCUUGCGCAAACAUAAUCUACCAAUACCAAACAGGUGUUCUUUCACAAUCCGGAGGGGAGGGCGAACCGCUGAAGACCAUGAUUUUGUUACUCCAAGAGUACGUAUUCACUUCACUAAUUUGCAAUUAUAGCCUGUUACUGGGACAUCACUCACUGCGGCUCAAGGCGCACCGAAAUAAUGCAUACAAUUCUCGAUCUUUAUUUCCCCACUCUUUGCUUUCUUUUUUCUAUUGAAUACUGGGAUCACAGUAGUAGUAGACCUUUACCGCUGCUUCGUGAGAAGUGAUCUUUUCGUUCAGUACCCCUAGACGUUUAGUUCGACUUAUUUUGCAAAAUUAGUAUACUUUUCUUCUCAAUAGCAGCCCUUUUUUCUGCUACGGUGCUAUGAAAUUAAACGUCCACUGCAUACAUACACAUAGCGGAAGCAUAAGUAACAAACCAACAUGUUUUGGAUUGCAACUCUGAGCAGCGGCGGGUUUUGCGAACACGUCAUGCAAAAGAUGUUGUCCACAC